AACACUAAAAAUAUUCCAUAAUGACGUUUAAAGUUACCUGUUUACCCUCUUUGUCGAUCUUAUUCUUCCUUUUCUUCUUCUCUCGUACCAUGGGUAAUAUUGGUAAUCCCACCAAAUUAUCCUCCAUUGAGUCCAUCAAACAACUGAAAGGUUGUUGUGAUAAGGGUAGCAAAGCACAAGGCCUCCAUCAACUUAAACUAUACCUUGCCCGUUUCGGCUACCUAAAUUACCAACAUACCCCUGAACACACCAACGCCGAAGAUGACAAAUUCGAUGAUGAACUCGAGGCUGCCCUGAAAAGUUACCAAAAAUAUUACCGUUUAAAUGCAACAGGGACACUAGAUGAGGCCACAGUUUCACAAAUGGUUAUUCCUCGUUGUGGAGUACCAGAUAAAGAAAUUCACCACCAUGGAUCGAAAUCAUUACCUACUGUUUCUUUUUAUCGAUUCUUCCCAAACAACCCUCGAUGGCCCCCCGGUAAAUCCCAACUCACCUACGUGUUCGCAUCCGACUAUCCAAACAAUCAUGUACCUCCAAUUGUUCGUGCCUUCAACCGGUGGUCUUCUGCUUCCGAUUACUUUACGUUUUCGCAAGUCGAUGAUGUUACAUAUGCAGAUAUAAAGGUUAGUUUUCAAAGAGGAAAUCAUGGAGAU